AUUCAGCAAGAAGAUAAAGAAGCGUUCGAAAGCGAGGCCAAUGCCCGGGUCCAAGAUAUCAGCGACAAGUGGGGGGCGCAGCGAUGGUUGAAACGAUGCAGAUGGCCUCGGCAUUUGGCCAAUAUCGACAAGAUGUGGUUGCGGAAGGAAGUAUUGCAGCCGAUUGGCGAGAACGAGCCGGUAUUGCAGACGAUGUGGGAGAUUUUCAACUGCAUAUUGGACAAUAUAUAUGUAAUCACCAGGCGUUGCAGUCCCGGCACAGCCGAGUUGUUCGAGAUGGAGCGGAAAGAGAUUCACAUCACGCCCAACAAGCCUACGGACGAAAGUGACGACGAAGAUGCCCGUAGCAGCACAAGCGAAGAGAGCCGCAAGCCCGGAAGCCGGCGCGGGAGGAAACGGCCGCCGCACCGCACGACAAUACAACAAGACAGGUCGUGGGCCCAGUUUUGCCAAGGAGUUGAGCAGGUUGUGGCCGGGACCGACACCAUUGGCCGAUAUACAGAGUGUCGGUUGGAACGGAGUUGUUUAGACGCCGUCAUCCAAUUAUUCAACCAUCCAUUAAAGAGCGGGCAGCAUUACGAGAGUAUCGUCAUUAGUGCGUUAGCCGUCAUGGGGGUUGAACCCGGACGGCGGAUGGAUACCGGUUGUGAAUUACACCCAAGUAUAUUCAGCCGUCAUCAAGGUAGCCCGGUAUUUAGUGUUAUACCAGUCCACAUUGGAGCGGCAGGAUCAGAUCGCCCAGUUGCAGCAGGUUGUAGGUAA